AUGAGGCCGGCGGGACGCGCGGCGCUGCUGGCGGCGCUGCUGCUUCUGGCACAACUGCGCCCGGGGAGCAGCCAGUGGAGCCCGGAGGCGGCGGCGGCCGGGGUCCAGGACCCAAGUCUGCGCUGGAGCCCCGGGACACGGAACCACGGCGGCGGGGCCCGCGCGCUCCUCUUGCUGCUGGCGGAGCGCUUCCCGCGCCGCGCGGGGCAGGGCCGAUGGGGAUCCGCGAUCACAGGCGAGCGGCCGCGACGGGACGACCCUCCGCUGUCCAUUGACCUCACCUUCCACCUGCUACGGACCCUGCUGGAGCUGGCGCGGACGCAGAGCCAGAGGGAGCGCGCCGAGCAGAACCGCAUCAUAUUCGACUCGGUGGGCAAGUGAUCAGCGGGGUCUGGGGCCCCGGAAAUCUCGACCCCCAUCCCCCACCCCCGGGCUGAGACGUGCGCGACAGGAACUGACCCAGUCCCGCGGGGCUAGAGCGGCCUAGGGAUACCCUGAGCACUCUCCGCGUUACUAGUUUUUAAUAAAA